AUGGAGUCUGAAGAAAAAGACGAACAACCUGAGGAGUACACAGAUGUAGAGUUCGAUAGAGCAUGUAUGAAUUAUGAGGAAGAACAACAACAACAAAUCAGUCAUAUGGAGUCUGAAGAAAUAGUCGAGCAACCUGAGGAGUAUACAGAUACACAACUCGAUAGAGCAUGUACGAAUUAUGAGGAAGAACAACAACAACAAAUCAGUCAUAUGGAGUCUGAAGAAAUAGUCGAGCAACCUGAGGAGUAUACAGAUACACAGCUUGAUAGAGCAUGUACGAAUUAUGCGGAAGAACAACAACAAAUCAGACAUAUGGAGUCUGAAGAAAUAGUCGAGCAACCUGAGGAGUAUACAGAUACACAGCUCGAUAGAGCAUGUACGAAUUAUGAGGAAGAACAACAACAAAUCAGACAUAUGGAGUCUGAAGAAAUAGUCGAGCAACCUGAGGA